ACGGCAUCUAAAGCGGAAUAAAGUUGGCGGCGGUUGCCAACAAGUGACGUUUUCAAAUACGAUUGGUAGAAGUGCUCAAUUGUGCUAACAAUAAUUUGAAAAACGGAGUUUUGCUGUAAAUUGUGUUAACAACAAUUUGAAAACAGAAUUAGUUUUAAAAUGUGCUAAAACCAUUUGAAUAUAUUAUAUUAUAUUAAUAAUUAAUUUGUCUAUGUCGAAAUCGUUAAGGACUGUAAAUUGACGGGAAACUUAAAACGAUUGUUUCACAAACUUCCGGCAAUUUCGUGGCAUAAAAUGUUUGCCACCAAUAUCCGUUCGGUUGCCGUAGGAAUCGUAGAAAUCGUUGGGUUGCCGUGAGCUCGUCCUGUCCCUUUCGCGGAUCCUGAUCCCGUGUCCCUCACUCAUUUCCGGUGCAGGCGGUUGCGCCAUUUUACAUUUGCAAUUCGAAUCGAAUCGGCGCGCAAGGACCUUUCCUUUUUUCCCUUAAGCCCCCCUUUUUGCGUUGCAUAUGCGAGGGCUAAUUAGCAUGCUGCAUUUCCAGCAAUCAGAGUAGAACUUCGCACAAUAGGAAUAAUAACGCGGAAUGGAAGAGGAUGUGUAUGCCUCGCUAGGUGCCUACAACGACAGCGGUGGCGAGGAUUGGAGCAGCUCGGAGCACCUGGUCCUCUGGGAGGAGGAGGAGCAGCGGCAGCAGUCGGGGGGAAAUGCCAGCAGUCGGCAUAAUCAACCGCUGUUUGCCAGGUGGAAUAUCACCGGGAAUGUCACCUCCGCCACCUUCCCCGAGGACGUCCCCUUCGAUGCCAACAACUACUGGGCCCUGCUGGCCCUCGUCCUCGUCCUGGGAACGGCGGCCGGGAACAUCCUGGUCUGCCUGGCCAUCGCCUGGGAGCGCCGGCUGCAGAAUGUGACCAACUACUUCCUCAUGUCACUGGCCAUCACCGAUCUGAUGGUCGCCGUUCUGGUCAUGCCGCUGGGCAUCCUUACCCUGGUGAAAGGAUACUUUCCACUGGGCUCGGAGCACUGCCUGACCUGGAUCUGCCUGGAUGUCCUCUUCUGCACGGCCAGCAUCAUGCACCUGUGCACCAUCUCCGUGGACCGUUAUUUAUCGCUUCGCUACCCUAUGAGAUUUGGCCGGAAUAAAACACGUCGGAGGGUCACCCUUAAAAUUGUUUUCGUGUGGCUCCUGAGCAUCGCCAUGAGCUUGCCCCUCAGCUUGAUGUACUCUAAGAAUCACGCCUCGGUGCUGGUGAAUGGAACUUGCCAGAUACCGGAUCCGGUGUACAAGCUGGUCGGCUCCAUUGUGUGCUUCUACAUUCCGCUGGGCGUGAUGCUGCUGACAUAUUGCCUGACCGUCCGCCUUUUGGCCCGGCAGCGCCAGAACUUGGGUGGUGGCCAGCAGACGGCAGCGGCCACCCCCGGUUGGGCCAGUGGGUGGCUGGGCCAGGCUCCGGCCUUGGAACGGCGAUGCACCUGGCGCCGCCUACUGAAGCCGGGUCCGGGGCACGCCUCCUCGGUGCUGCACGCCCACUCCGCCAAUUCCACGGAUACGGAUCUUAGCACUUUGGACAACCACGAGCUUUGGCUGCCCGAUUCCAGCAUAAAGGAGCCCACGCCCACGACAAUGACGGCACUGCAUCAGUUUGGUGCCGAGAUGCUGAAGCUAUCCCGGGGCCUGGAAUCGGUGGCCUCGUCCUCCACCACCGGUUCGCCCACCAAAUCCGAAUUUUCCAUAUCGAACCACCUGCAGAUGCAGUUCCCCAGCAGUCCCCAGCGAUAUGCCGCCCACCUUCAGCAGUCCCACCAGCAACAGCACAACCACCAGCAGCAUUCGGGCAAUGUGUACCACCAGCAGACAUCCCCCAAAGGUCGCCAGGGUACCACGGUCCUGGGGCUGUCCACCACCACGCUGGGGAUCGAGCGGGAGAGCACCCGGAACUCCUUGGCCAGCAGUCGCAUGGGCGGCGAGCAGAGCGACGGGACUCUCUCGCAGCUUUCCCAAAGAUUGCGGGCGUACAAGAAGCGACGAAGGGCUUCGUCGGCGGUUCCAGGACAAGAACGGCGCUCCGGACACGAGGAUGCGGAUGAGGAUCUGGACACUCCCACGUCAACUCUGCGCCGGCACAAGCGUCACAACAGCCUGCCCAAGAACGCGCUCUAUCCGCGACACACCACCGUACAGGAGAGCCUCGAUGACGACGACGAUGAGGACGAGGAGGGAAGUUCUCGGCACAAGGAUCAGCUGGAUCAGAAGACCAAGGGCUGCCACUCGGACACUGAGCUGGAUCCACCGCAGAAAGCAAAGCAGUGCCACAUAUCUGGCCAGAAUCACCAGACGGACUACCUGCAGCUGCCCUCCGUCUGCACCUGUCCCUAUUUUGGAGACAGACCACUCCAGAAUUGUGUGAAAACGGCCGAGGUGAAGAUCAUCUCAUCCGCCUUCCGAGUGACCACCACUACUACCACGGCGGUGAGCAGUUCCCCCAGCGAAAUGGAGCUGCUCAUGUGCAGUGGUGGCAACAAGAAGGCCCUGACCUCCAGUGUGAGUGCUGGAAUAACAGGCGGAGGAUCGGCAGGCGGCGGAGGAGGAGGACCCCCGGCUAUAGUUGGCUCCACACUCAGUCCACAUUCUGCUCACAAUCAGGGCAGUUCCCUGACGGUCCAGAGCGAUGGGAGUGGAUAUCUGGCGGCUCCUGGGACUCCCUGUCCCGGCAGACGAAAGUUGAGCAUCUCGAAGACCGCCUCGGUGGUCACCUGGGACUCCGGUCGCCAUCGCCGGCGGGGCAGCAGUUUUGGCGGGGUGCGUACAUCCCUGCUGCUCACGCCCACCAAGACAGCCAACACCUCGAACUCGUCCACCCCCUUGAGAAGAUCGGCCACACUGAGGAGUCACCAGAACAUGAACUACCAGGGAGAUUGUGGUGGCAAAACUAGGAACACCACAUCUUCGCCCUGUAUGCUACAGCGACAGCAGACAGUGCGUUCCCAUCACUCGCGGAACUCCAGUGUGAUCUCCAGGAACUCCUCGCGACACGGCAGGAUUAUCCGGCUGGAGCAGAAGGCCACCAAGGUGCUCGGUGUGGUGUUCUUCACCUUCGUAAUACUGUGGUCACCCUUCUUUGUCCUCAAUCUCCUGCCCACCGUGUGUGCGGAAUGCGAAGAGCGGAUCAGUCAUUGGGUCUUCGAUGUGGUCACCUGGCUGGGCUAUGCCAGUUCCAUGGUCAAUCCCAUCUUCUACACUAUCUUCAACAAGGUGUUCCGGCAGGCGUUCAAGAAGGUCCUGUUGUGCAGGUAUUCCAGCACGAGUGCCUGGCGACCCAGUAGAUAGCAGACGCCCGUGAAACCGGGCAAACUGAAGACGAAUUCCCAUGCCCCCCACAAGUGCGCCAGUGUGGAUUUCCAGGAUUCCACAGCCCCAGUGAGGGGGGUGCUCAAAAGAAGUGUGGCGGUGGCAAGUGACAUAUAAGUCGGUCAUUUCGCCUGCGGUCCACCGCACAACGUGUCGUAUACACAAUCUCGGAGGGAUGCCUACGCCCACUCCACUUGCUCGCACGUGUGUUUCCCUAAGGCUUAAACGCUUUUGAGCCUCUAAUUAAUUUCAAAUUCAAUUUGCAUGCCAUUGAAAACACACGGUUUGGAGACUCCAGAAGACUCCCCAGUUCCCCGCAGGAUUGCCAAGGAUGUGGGAUUAAGUUGGCCGCAGACAACGGCAUAACGAGCACGGUGCCCUCCUCUCUGUGGUUCCUCGGCGAAUUACAAUUUCCCCUGGCUUUCGGCAGACGGUGGAGGAUGCAAUUAAUUGCGGAAUGUUUGUUUUGCAAUAAUAUAAUCCUGAAAACCGCAUUAACUUUCGUGGAAAUGCUGUUUAGUGGUCGGUUAAACUCAAAUGCACAGACAUUUCAAACAAUUCCCAGGAAAUUCCUUUUCCAAUUUCAGACACAAACUUGGCUCUCAAGAUUGUUAUUGUUUGAAUUAGGCAGUCGAUUAGACCUGAAAUCCCUGAAAAAAGUUCUUUAGACUGUGGUACAUUUCAAAGAUUUGAUUCACUCCUCGUUAACCAGAUUCUUUAAAAAGAAAUGGAGCUUAGUCAAACUCCAAUUGAUAAACGCUAUUUUCUGCAGCAUUUGCAAGUUAUUUACUUAAUUUAAGACAAUUUUUCCAAUGCUGUUUAGUGAUUGGUAAAAUUCAAAUGCUCAGACCCCAAAUCCCUAAAAUGGGUUCGCUAAAUUUAAAUAUUUUUUCACUUUUGUUUAAAGAGAUACAUUAAAUUCUGGCCAAAAAACAAAUGUCGCCGUGCCAAAGUCCAAUCGAUAAACGCUAUUUGGUUCGACACUUGGCAAUUAUGCAUUAAAUUUAUGGCAAAUUUCCUACCCGCAAAUGCACAAAGAAUUUCAUGGGGAUCCAUUAAAGAAACCGACACGUACACAAAUCCACGGCAAUUUGUGACUUUUGUUGUUUGUUCGUGUGGCUGCCGCCGCUUUUGGCCCGGCAGAUUGCUAUUUUUAUUUGAAAAGUUCAUUCAUUUUGUUUUAUUUCUGUGGCCAAAUGAAAAAUUUCAGCUGGUCACGUAAGAAUUUGACGGUCAGGAUGUGAAUGUGCAUGUGGAUGUGGAUCACAAGGAUCCACCCAGUGGUGGCCAGUGGGUAGAGGCCCGAGGCCCAGGCGAAGACGAAGACGAUGGAAAAGUCGGAGCAGCUGGCUGAAGGACAUCAAACAACAAGGGGCCAACUGUAAUAACGAAAGCCGGAUGAAAGUUUCCAAUGUGCUGCCAAGUUUUAAAGCCCCAGAUGAGCGGUUCGGGUUGGAUGGGGGCAAAUGAUAGGUAAUGACGCCAUUAGUGGCAGCCACUCAAAGGCCCCGUCUCGAUGACACCUCACAAAACAGCCGGCAAAAAUGUUGUACUGCCAUUUUUGCUGACAAAUUUUUAGCGCCCCCCGAAAUUUCGCAGCACAGCAGGCGGCAUCGGCUGAAAAUGCUGGAGAGACAGACAUAAGGAAACCCCCGUGGCACUUGGAAAUUUAUAGCAAUUUUAUCGCCGGCGGAAAUAUUUUUUCCACUUCAUUGAAUCCUUGGCGGGAUCGAGUCGGUUCGUUGGCAAAAGCAAAAAGUGUCGCACUCGGGGAACUUCAUUGAACUUUAAUGGCAGGCCGACGGGCAAACAACAAAGGCCGUCAGAGACAGUCGUUGGCCCAGGUCCUAACCCACUUCCGUUUCCUCUAUCGACCUCUUCUUCCUCCGAUUCGGCAACAUAUGCUCGUUUGGGGGCAAGGAAAAUAAAAAACAAACAGUGGGAAAUCCAUUACAGCAGGCCAAGUACCUUGCAAAAGUUUUAAAAGAGUGUAAAUUGUGGGUUAUCAGAAACUUUCUCAGAUUUCAUAUCCAAAAUUGUUUACCUUCUUUGGUAAUUUCCCUAGAAAGCCUAUUAAAAUUCUCACCUAAA